AAGAGAGAUACACAAGUCACGAAAGAAAAGACGAGAAAGCACCACCAACGGUUCUUGUUUACAUUUACUAUCAACCAUUUUUUUUUCUUACUCAAGUUUUGAAGUUUCUUUUUCUUGUUUCGUUUUGAAUGAUUCAAAAAAAAAACUUAUUAAUAAUUCAUAUCGAAAAUCGCCAACCCAACUUCCCCCACUUCUUCCACCACUGUCCCGCUCCAUCGCACCCGCUUUGCUUACCACAUCCAUCCAUCAUUCAUUCAUUUCAUUUUCUUUCUCUCUUCUUCUUCCGUUUCUUUUGCCUCUUUCUUUUGUCUUCUUCCUUCAAUUUUUUGUGGCUUUAAAUUUAUUGGGUUUUGUUCUUCUUCUAUAGCCGUUUCAUCUUCUCAUAAGCAUCUUCUUCUUCUCUUUUUUUCCUGUCAAGAUCCUGAAUCAUCGGGUCUGGAAGGAAACUAGAGUUUGUGAAAUCGGAUGAAUCUUUUGAGAAAUCUCUGAAUAAGCUGCAGGUGUUAGUUAGUACUCUAAUUCAACAGAGAGAGUCGAAUUACUCGUUUACUUUUGAGGAAGAUGCUAAGUGGAAACAAUGGAAACACUGUACCACCGGUUUUCAUGAACGAGAACCAGUUGCAAUACCAGACAAACCUACAAUCGAAUCAGCUUCACUUGCUCGGAACCAUGGGAGGUGGAUGCACUGUUGAUCCAGUAAACUACUUUGCUAACGAUACUCUCGUUCCAAUGAUUCGGCCUAACAAAAGAGGAAGGGAAGCCGAAAGCAUUAGUAACAACAUCCAAAGACAACAGAAGCUUCAAAUGUCUUUGAACUAUAAUCAUAACAACAUUAGUGUUCGAGAAGAAGUGCCUAAAGAGAAUCUAGUCUCAACUGGUCUUAGACUAUCUUAUGAUGACGAUGAACGCAACUCUUCAGUGACUUCUGCUAGUGGUAGCAUUGUAGCUGCUUCUCCAAUCUUUCAGUCACUCGAUGAUAGUCUUCGGAUUGACCUCCAUAGACAAAAAGAUGAGCUUCACCAGUUCAUCAAGAUCCAGGCAGCUCAAAUGGCGAAAGGUGUGAGAGAUAUGAAACAGAGACAUAUCGCAUCUUUUCUCACUACUUUAGAGAAAGGAGUGAGCAAGAAGCUUCAAGAGAAAGAUCACGAGAUCAAUGACAUGAACAAGAAGAAUAAAGAGCUCGUGGAACGGAUAAAGCAAGUGGCAACAGAAGCUCAGAAUUGGCACUACAGAGCAAAGUACAAUGAGUCUGUGGUUAAUGUCUUAAAGGCAAAUCUCCAACAAGCAAUGUCACACAACAACAAUGUGAUUGGUGCGGCAGAUCAAGGCAAAGAAGGGUUUGGAGACAGUGAAAUAGAUGAUGCAGCUUCAUCAUACAUUGAUCCAAACAACAACAAGAUGGGGAUUCAUCAGAGGAUGAGAUGCAAAAUGUGCAACGGGAAGGAAGUAUCGGUGUUGCUUGUGCCAUGUCGGCACUUGAGUUUGUGUAAAGAAUGUGAUGUAUUCACUAAGAUUUGUCCUGUAUGCAAGUCUUUGAAAAGUUCUAGCGUUCAGGUCUUCUUUUCUUGAAUCUGUGACCAAAACUGGAACAAAAGAAAAGAUGGAAAAAGAGAAUCCAUUAUAUAAGUCUUUCAAACUCUUUUCAAAAGAUAUAUUUUACUAUAUAAAAUUAUUUGUAUCGGAGUAUUA